AUGGGGUUCUCUAAACUUUGUAUCGUUCUUUUCACUCUACAAACUCUUGUAGCUAUGGCAUUAACCCAACCUAUUGAUCAAAAAACCGCUAUAUUUCGAGAAUAUAUUGGAGCAGAAAACAAUACUGUCAAAUUCGCAGACGUACCCAUAAACCCACAUGUGGAAUUCCACUAUAUACUAGCAUUUGCAAUUGACUAUACCACUUCAUCUUCUCCCUCCCCAACCGACGGCAAAUUCAACGCGUUCUGGGAUACAUAUAAUCUCACCCCUUCUAAAGUUUCAUUAGUCAAGAAUCAGCAUUCUAAUGUCAAAGUGGCUUUGAGCUUAGGAGGUGAUAGUGUGGGAAAACAAUACUGUAACUUUAGCCCUUCUUCAGUGGAUUCGUGGGUUUCUAACGCGGUUUCUACGCUCACCAACAUCAUCCAAGAGUAUCAGUUUGAUGGGAUUGAUAUCGACUAUGAGCAUUUUCAUGCAGAUCCAGAAACUUUUGCUGAGUGCAUCGGGAAGCUUAUAACCACACUCAAACACAACGGAGUCAUCUCGUUUGCAUCUAUAGCUCCAUUUGAAGACGAUGAAGUUCAACGCCACUAUUUGGCUCUUUGGAAAAGUUACGGUCACAUCAUAGACUAUGUCAACUUCCAGUUUUAUGCAUACGAUAAGGGGACCACCGUUUCUCAGUUUAUGAACUAUUUUCAGACACAAAGCUCUAAUUAUAAAGGUGGUAAAAUCUUAGUUAGUAUCACCACUGAAGGAAGUGGUGGACUGUCUCCGGAAAACGGUUUCUUUACGGCAUGUAAUAGGCUAAAAAUGGAAGGGAAGCUCCAUGGGAUCUUUAUUUGGUCUGCGGAUGAUUCUAAGGCUUCAGGUUUUCGCUAUGAGAGGCAAUCACAAGCUCUACUAGCAGUCCCUCAUUUGCAAUAUAGUGUGUAA